AUGUCGGCGGACCCCCAGCUCCUUGCGGCGGCGGUGGAGGCCGCGAUCGCGUCGCGCUCCCCGCGGCUCGGCCGUGCCGCGCACGCGCGCGCCCUCAGGCUGCUGUCGCCGGGCAUCCCGCCCUUCAUCUGCGCGCACCUUGUCAACCUCUAUUCCAAGCUCGACCUCCCCGCGGCCGCCGCCUCCGCCCUCGUCUCCGACCCCAGCCCCACCGUCGUGUCAUUCACGGCCUUCAUCUCCGGCGCCGCGCAGCACGCGCGCCCGCUCCCCGCCCUCUCUGCCUUCGCCGCCAUGCUCCGCCUCGGCCUCCGCCCCAACGACUUCACCUUCCCCUCCGCGUUCAAGGCCGCCGCCUCCGCGCCAACUCGCUCCGCCGCCGGCCCGCAGAUACACGCGCUCGCCAUUAGAAACGUGGUAGCGUGGAACGCAGUGAUGACCAACGCCGUGCUCGACGGCCGGCCCCUCGAGACGGUCCAGGCUUACUUUGGGCUCCGGGAGGCUGGCGGUAUGCCGAAUGUCGUCUCGGUCUGUGCGUUCUUCAACGCGUGUGCCGGGGCGAUGCUCCUGUUGCCUGGGGCCCAGUUCCAUGGGUUCGUGGUGAAGUGUGGUUUUGACAUGGAUGUCUCAGUGUCGAAUGCGAUGGUUGAUUUCUAUGGGAAGUGCCGAUGCGCGGAGAAGGCAAAGAUGGUGUUUGAUGUGAUGAGAGUCAGGAACAGUGUAUCAUGGUGUUCCAUGGUUGUUGCAUAUGCACAGAACGGGGCAGAGGAGGAUGCUUUUGCUGUGUACCUGGGUGCGAGGAGGGCGGGGGAAGAGCCGACUGACUUCAUGGUCUCCAGCGUGCUCACUACAUGCGCAGGCCUGCUAGGCCUUGACCUUGGGCGUGCUCUGCAUGCAGUUGCUGUACGCUCUUGCAUCGAGGCAAACAUCUUUGUUGCAAGUGCAUUGGUUGACAUGUACGGGAAGUGUGGGGGUGUUGAAGAUGCUCAACAUGUCUUUUUUGAUAUGCCACGACGGAAUCUUGUCACAUGGAAUGCGAUGAUUGGAGGGCAUGCCAACAUCGGUGAUGCUAUAAACGCACUUGCGGUGUUCAGUGAUAUGAUAGCGAGUGGAGAGACAGCACCUAACUACAUCACACUUGUAAAUGUGAUCACAGCCUGCAGUAGAGGAGGUUUGACCAAGGAAGGCUAUGAGCUGUUUGAGACAAUGAAGGAGAGGUUUGGGAUACAACCACGAACUGAGCACUAUGCUUGUGUGGUUGACUUGCUUGGGCGAGCAGGAAUGGAAGAGCGAGCUUACGAGAUUAUACAGAGGAUGCCAAUGAGACCUUCCAUUUCUCUCUGGGGAGCACUACUUGGGGCAUGCAAGAUGCAUGGGAAGACAGAGCUGGGAAGGAUUGCAGCUGAGAAGUUGUUUGAACUUGACCCUCAGGACUCUGGCAAUCACGUGCUGCUCUCGAACAUGCUCGCAUCAGCUGGCAGGUGGGCAGAAGCAACUUAUGUAAGGAAGGAGAUGAAAGAUGUCGGAAUCAAGAAAGACCCAGGGUGUAGCUGGAUCACUUGGAAAAAUGGUGUGCAUGUUUUCCAUGCCAAGGACACCAAACAUGAGAUGAAUAGCGAGAUCCGGGCAUUACUGGCCAAGCUUAAAAAACAAAUGCAAGCUUCUGGGUACAUGCCAGACACACAAUAUUCACUUUAUGAUCUUGAGGAAGAAGAGAAAGAAUCAGAGGUGUUUCAACAUAGUGAGAAGCUUGCCCUGGCCUAUGGACUCAUUCACAUUCCGCCUGGUGUACCUAUAAGGAUCACAAAGAACUUGCGAAUAUGUGUGGAUUGUCACCGAGCUUUCAAGUUUAUAUCUGGUAUUGUUGACAGGGAGAUAAUUGUGUCUCAUCGAGAGAAGUACUUGGAAAAAUUAUUCAAAUAG